UUAUAAUUUUAUGUUGGAUUUUUAGUGCUGCUUGCAAUAUUUUGGUGUUAUUUGGCCUUUACAAAAAACAAAUAUCCGUUCUGUCUGCUGCUAUCUAUGUUGCAUUAAGUAGAACAGUUUGGGCCAUAGGCAUAGCAUGGAUUGUAAUAAUGUGUUUUACUGAGCAUGGAGAUAUUGUUAAGAAGCUAUUAUCAUGCAAAAUCUGGAUUCCUCUUAGCAGACUUACAUACUGUGCUUAUCUUAUAAAUCCUUUUAUCAUACAUUCGAUUUAUUUGCAGAGAGAAACAUCUAUUCAUUAUGAAUUCCAAUCCUUAGGCGCUAUAAUUAUAGGAUGCGUGGUGAUUAGUUAUUUCUGUGCAUAUGCAUUGUAUUUAAUGGCAGAGUCACCGUAUAUCCUAUUAAUGCGAAUGUUCAGCCAAUCUCAUAACAGAAAAAGGAAAGAGAUGAGAUUAUAAUUUCGCAUACCUGAUUGCAAUGGGAAUAAUAAUUGUAUUAUAAUAAUAAUUGUAAAUGAAAAACAAUAAAA